UUGACAUCAUUCGAUUUCAGCAGCUGCCAUAAUUCCUGCGAGACACUGAUUAUUUUAUAUUUUUCAUAAACCAGCAAAGGCUAAAUACCUUUUGUCCAUCUUUCAAACCAACAUGCCGGACGCUCAUAAUCCAUUUACUUCAGACGAUCCUCAAGCAAACCCAUGGUCUGGUCCUUCUGCCAACAAUGCAGGCGGUCCAGCCUAUGGAAAUGCCUAUGAAGAUACUUCCAACAAUAACUCAUCCUGGAACUAUGGCAGCAUGCGUAUGCCAGAACCUUCCGUCCCCAACGCCAGUACACCUAUGGGAACCAUGAACCGAACUAACACACCUAACAACUAUUCCGGCAACGCUUGGGACGGCGACAAAACGGAAGUCCCUCAUGGAGACCCCAAUCAGAGUGCAUAUCAGUUUGCUGGUACACGCUACGGAAAUGAAGACACAACAGGAAAUGCUUACUCUGUAGCUAAUCCCCAUCCUCCUGGCACAACUGGCACUGCUGCUGGUAGUCAAGUUCCGAAACCUGAUGCUUCCGAUGCUUUACCCCCGGUAUGGACUGAUAACAAGUCGUCACCGCCAUCCAAAUCAAGGUUGGGUAUUCGCAUCGUGCAGCUCAUUGCCUGUAUUGGUUCUAUUGGCUUCGCAGCAGGUGCUUCCGCCGUAAGUGAAAGAUUAGCCUUGACAAUGACGAAGCAAUUGUUUCACUCAAUUUACCGACUUUCCAUUUACAGUAUUCACAUCAGCCUGUUCCAUUCGACAACAAGGCGCUGUUCUAUUUCUUAUGGGCAUGGGUAAGGACUAUUUUUUUUAUGAAGCGACGGUAGCUGGGAAGCAUUCUAAGAACAAUUGAAAAUUUGUAGGCCCUCAUUUCAAUCGUCUGGGUGUUCUUCCAUAUAUUCGUUUUUAUCUCCCGUAGCC